CCUUGGCCCGGCGCCCAGGGCCUGAACAUGGCUGCUCCGAGCUCGGCCGGCAGCUCCCUGUACGAUGCCAUCGUCGUAGGCGCAGGGAUCCAGGGCUCCUUCACCGCCUACCACCUCGCCAAGCAGGGCAGGAGGGCCUUGCUGCUGGAGCAGUUCCCCCUCCCUCAUUCCCGGGGCAGCUCCCACGGGCAGAGCCGCAUCAUCCGCAGCACCUACCCGCAGCCGCACUACACCCGCAUGAUGCCCGAGUGCUACCGGCUCUGGGCGCAGCUGGAAGCAGAGGCGGGCACCCAGCUCUACAGGCGGACGGGGCUGCUGGUGCUGGGGGCGGAGGGCAGCCCAGCCUUCGGGGCCUGCCUGCAGAGCCUGGCCCAGCACCGCGUGCCCCGAGAGCUGCUGUCGGCGCAGGAGCUUCCCCAGCGCUUCCCCGGCGUGCGGGCGUACCGCGGGGAGACGGCCGUGUUCGAGCCCACCGCAGGCGUGCUCCGCGCGGACAAGGCGCUGCGGGCCGUGCAGGACCUGUUCCUCCAGGCCGGCGGGGCCCUGCAGGAUGGCGAGAAGGUUGUUGCCAUCGAGCCGGGGCCCGUGGUGACCGUGAGAACCAGCGCAGGGGUGCACCGGGCCGGGAGCCUGGUGAUCACCGCCGGGCCAUGGACCAACAAGCUUCUGGCCCCGCUGGGGCUGCAGCUGCCCCUCCAGCCCCUGCGUGUCAGUGUGUGCUACUGGAAGGAGAAGGUGCCUGGGACCUACGGGAGCCCCGCGCGCUUCCCCUGCUUCCUGAGCCUCAGCACCAGCCAGGCGCCCCAUGACAUCUAUGGGCUGCCGGCCGGCGAGUACCCGGGGAUGGUGAAGGUCUGCUACCACCACGGCCGCCCCGUGGACCCCGACGAGCGGGACCGGGAGCCCGAGGGCUCGGCCCUGCCCGACAUCCAGAUCCUGCGCGGCUUCGUCGGCCAGUACCUGCCUGGCCUGGAGCCCGAGCCGGCAGUGGUGGAGAGCUGCAUGUACACGAUCACCCCGGAUGAGGACUUUGUGCUGGACCGGCACCCCCAGUUCAGCAACAUCAUGAUAGGGGCUGGCUUCUCAGGCCAUGGGUUCAAGCUGGCGCCGGUCGUCGGGAAGGUCCUGUGCGAGCUGAGCCUGGGGCAGGCGCCGUCCUGCAACGUGGAGCCGUUCCGGAUCCAGCGCUUCCCCGGCCAGCGCCGGGCGGCCCUGUAGGGCUUCACGGACCGCCAGGAGCCACUGCCCAGCCCAGGGACCCGCAGAGGAGGCCCCAAGACACCUGGUGCCCCCACGGGAAGCUGGAGGAAGACGCUGCCCCGGAGCCCUGCCUGCCCACGUGAAACUGCCCCUGCCUGCCUGUCUCCGCCUGCGUCCGGGGCCGGCCGGAGCAGCCGCCCGGAGCACAGGACACAUCCAGCGCGGCGGGCUGGGCUCCAGAUGGGCCGUGGGCCCGGCUCGCUCCACCAGCGCCAGGCCCAGAGCAAAGGUGCCAAGAGCAACAAACCCCGUCCAGGCCCCGGGGCUGCUCCAGGCCCUGGCAGUGCAGCCCAGGCUGGGACCUGGAGCCUCAGCCCACGGGGCCGGGAGCUCCCUGAGGCGGGUGGGUGGGUGUGUGAGGGGUGGGGGGCACUGGAAAGGGCUCCGGCACAGGGUCAUGCAAUGCUCAGGCCUGGUCUAGGACCGGGACCUCGGGCAGCUCCCUGCUCGUCCAGCCCCGGGGCUCCCAGCCGACUCCGGCGCCCGUGUCCUAGGCAGGUGGGCAGCAAGACACCCAGGGGCUGUGGCCGGGACAGGUGCAGCGCUGAGCCCCCUGCUUCACCUGGGUAGAUACCAAGGGCUUGGUGCUGAGCAUGGAGCCGGGGGGAUGCACCAGGUACCCCAGGGCUGGCGUUGGCUCCAGGCUCUGCAGGGCUCCCGAGCCCUGUCCCCUGCCGGCACCCGGAGCUGGCGCCUCCCCGGCACUGCCGUCUGUGCCGUGGCGGCGCGCGUCCACGCCAGACCCUCAAUACGGUACGUGGCCAGACUCAUGAGGACGGAGCCGUCCUGGCAGGGAGAGACGCUGCGUCGAAGCAAGUGAAAUGUUUUAAUGUUAAAUGUGCCGUUUCAUUAUCGUUAGAUCGCCCGCGCCUAAUGAGAGCGCAUUAGUGCGGCGGCGGCGCGGCGGCGCCCGGGGCCGCGGCUGCCCAAUUUGUUUGAGCUCGCAGCCAGCUCUUCCCUGGGCAGCUGCGGGGCACGCCGCUGGAUCGGGGCCCUGCCCACCGAUGCCCGCAUGGCCAGUGCAGCCGGGGGACCCCCAGGCCCCCGUGAGCCAGCCAACCCUUUGGCCGGGGUGCAAGUGCCAGCCUCGGGCACCCUGCUCCUACCCAGGGAGUCGUGCCCGGCGCGGGGGGCUGGCUGGUCCUGAGCCCCCGGCCGCGGUGGCUGCUCUCUCGGGGAGGCUGCUAACGGAUUGGGAUGCUGGGGUGUAUGAGACUAACGAGCCCGCGGCUCCCCCAGCACAGCACCCUGUAGGGCGCAGCGGGCAGUGAGAGGUGGAUAAGAGCUGCAUGCCCGAGGGUGCCCGUCUGCAGCUAGCAAUCUGCGCGUGCGUUAGGAUGCAGAGACUAUUUCAGCCCCCCACGGCCAUGGAGCCCUCCCAGGCUGGGGCACGGCUGGGGGAGCCUCGCGUCGGCCCUGCGCCCCCUCCCAGGCUGGGCUGGGGGCCCGGAGAGCCCAGCCCCCCCCGGGUGCUGCUUGGCUGCGGAGGAGAGUGACUGCUCAGCACAUUUCCCCGCCAAGGCACCAGCCCAUAAAUCAAGCACGAGGAGCGGGCUAGAAAUGUGCCUUGCCUUGCACUUUCCCGCCUGCCUGCUCUGGGGACAGCUCCACAAAUGCUGCUGUGAGCAGGGGCCGGGGCCGGCUGCAACACGGUGGGCACAGGAAGGGCUGGCAUGGCUCAGGGCUCCCCAUCGCCUAUGGCCAGGGCUCGCCCGCCAAAGCCGAGCCUGGUGGGCAAGGACAGGGGGUCCCCAUGGCCUGCAGACUCUGAGCUGGGGUCUGCAGGUGCUGCCCAGGGUCUGUUCGGAGCCACCCUGGGCCCGGGACGGGCGGCAGAGCCACCCCCUGCACCCCACCGUGGAACGGGCAGGAGUGCGGGACCCCCACCUCCGCCAGCUGUCUCCCAUGGCUCGCCAGUGCCGCCCAGACAGGAGUGCAGCCUUUGGAGGUGCCCAA